AUGUCUAAUGAAGUCGAGGUAGCAACAAAGUCCAAGAAAAAGGAGAAGAAAGUUAAACAGGUCGAAAAGGAAGAGUCGACCGAGCGAUCAAAAAAGAAGAAAAAGGAACAGACAGAUUUAACAAUUGACGCAGAUGGAGGCAGCAACACUGCGGAAAAACGGAAGAAGAGGCGAGGACAUCAUGAAGACGAUCCUGAAAACAAUGAAAUGGACAAGAAGAGCACGAAGAAACGGAAGAGGCGAAAGACAGACGAUACAUCCCUCACCGGCGCUUACACUUCUGGAGUAAUUGAGCCCGAAGGGAAAGCUAACUUAGAUCAUGAGGACGAUGCUACACGAGAGAAGGAUACCGGUAAUAAAUCUGAAUCGUCGAAAAAGAAAUCCAGCAAGGAAAGCAAGAAGUCCAAGAAAGAGCGUCGAAGGGAGAGUGCAUCUUCUCUACCUAAUCCCGAGGAAGACAGUACUCUAACAGACAAAGCUCGUGCGGCAUUAUCGUAUGCAUACGCUCGUGUCUCAUCUUCAGACUCAUGGAAAUUCAACAAAGCACAUCAAAAUUGGAUCGUCAAGCACUUUUUCAUUCCAGAUGCUGUACCCGAGAAAUAUGUGCCAAUUGUAGUUGGUUACCUUGCAGGAUGUCAAGGCGGUGUUCGAGAGCAUCUCAUCGAAACUUGCAAGAAGCACCUUGAACCCACUACCUUGAGUUCAGACACUGCAACACCUGCGAUUCCUGUAGACACAGAACAACAAGACGAAGCGUCAGCCGGACGUACAGUCAAAUUUCAACUACCGUCAGAGGCAGAUGAUAGUGUUCCUUCUCAAGAGUCAGAAGAGGCAUUGAAGACAAGAGCUAGAGUUCUAUUAAAUGCCCUUGGACAUACACCGAGCUAACUUCAUGUCCUUGUUGAAGACCUUUUCCCAAAUGGUAUACGCUUUUUUUUGUAGUACUUAGAAGAGGUUC